UCCAUUCCCUCCUUCCUCAGGUCAUUCUCCCCUGUAAGCUGCUGCACAUGAUCAGAAAAUCUUCCACAUCAACCCGCGCCUUCCCUCUGACCUGCACCCCAUCAAAGUGGUAGAGGUUGGUCCCCAGGAGUCAAGGAAUUGAGCAAGAAGCUGGUGAUCAUGAAUGGGGAUGACCCACUAAGCCGGCAGGCCCAGGAAAAUGCCACGCUGCUCUUCAACAUCCACCUGCGAUCCACGUUGUGUUCCCGCCGCAUGGCAGAGGAGUUUCGGCUCAGUGGAGAGGCCUUUGACUGGCUGCUUGGGGAGAUUGAGUCCAAGUUCAACCAAGCCAUUAAGCGAAUGUCUGUGAUGGAGGGUGGUAUCAAAUACCCAGAAACGACUGAGGGAGGCCGCCCCAAGCUUGGGGGGCUGAUGGAUCCAAGACAGGGGGUGAUUGAGCGGACUGGCCGCUGCCAAACAUGUGCAGGAAACAUGACAGAGUGUCCUGGCCACUUUGGCCACAUUGAACUGGCCAAGCCUGUGUUUCACGUGGGCUUCCUGGUGAAGACAAUGAAAGUUUUGCGCCGUGUCUGCUUCUUCUGCUCCAAACUGCUUGUGGACUCUAACAACCCAAAGAUCAAGGACAUCCUGGCCAAGUCCAAGGGACAGCCCAAGAAGCGGCUCACACAUGUCUACGACCUUUGCAAGGGCAAAAACAUCUGCGAGGGUGGGGAGGAGAUGGACAACAAGUUCGGUGUGGAACAGCCUGAGGGUGACGAGGAUCUGACCAAAGAGAAGGGCCAUGGUGGCUGUGGGCGGUACCAGCCCAGGAUCCGACGUUCUGGCCUGGAGCUGUAUGCGGAAUGGAAGCACGUUAAUGAGGACUCUCAGGAGAAGAAGAUCCUGCUGAGUCCAGAGAGAGUGCAUGAGAUCUUCAAACGCAUCUCAGAUGAGGAGUGUUUUGUGCUGGGCAUGGAGCCCCGCUAUGCGUGGCCAGAGUGGAUGAUCGUCACGGUGCUGCCUGUGCCCCCACUCUCCGUGCGGCCUGCUGUUGUGAUGCAGGGCUCUGCCCGCAACCAGGAUGACCUGACUCACAAACUGGCUGACAUUGUGAAGAUCAACAGUCAGCUGCGGCGCAACGAGCAGAAUGGUGCAGCGGCCCACGUCAUUGCAGAGGAUGUGAAGCUCCUCCAGUUCCAUGUGGCCACCAUGGUGGACAACGAGCUGCCUGGCCUUCCCUGUGCCAUGCAGAAGUCUGGGCGUCCCCUCAAGUCCCUGAAGCAGUGGUUGAAGGGCAAGGAAGGCCGGGUGCGGGGGAACCUGAUGGGCAAACGAGUGGACUUCUCGGCCCAUACUGUCAUCACCCUCGACCCCAACCUCUCCAUUGACCAGGUUGGCGUGCCCCACUCCAUUGCCGCCAACAUGACCUUUGCAGAGAUUGUCACCCCCUUCAACAUUGACAGACUUCAAGAAUUAGUGCGCAGGGGGAACAGCCAGUACCCAGGGGCCAAGUACAUCAUCCGAGACAAUGGCGAUCGGAUUGACUUGCGUUUUCACCCCAAGCCCAGUGACCUUCAUCUGCAGACCGGCUAUAAGGUGGAACGGCACAUGUGUGAUGGGGACAUUGUUAUCUUCAACCGGCAGCCGACUCUACACAAGAUGUCCAUGAUGGGGCAUCGGGUCUGCAUCCUCCCCUGGUCCACCUUCCGCUUGAAUCUUAGUGUGAAAACUCCAUACAAUGCAGACUUUGAUGGAGAUGAGAUGAACUUGCACUUGCCACAGUCUCUGGAAACACGGGCAGAGAUCCAGGAGCUGGCCAUGGUUCCUCGAAUGAUUGUCACGCCCCAGAGCAAUCGGCCUGUCAUGGGUAUCGUGCAGGACACACUGACAGCAGUGCGCAAAUUCACCAAGAGAGAUGUCUUCCUGGAGCGGGGUGAGGUGAUGAACCUCCUGAUGUUCCUGUCGAUGUGGGAUGGGAAGGUCCCACAGCCAGCCCUCCUAAAGCCCCGGCCCAUGUGGACAGGCAAGCAGAUCUUCUCCCUUAUCAUACCUGGCCACAUCAAUUGUAUCCGCACCCACAGCACCCAUCCUGAUGACGAAGACAGUGGCCCUUACAAGCACAUUUCUCCUGGGGACACCAAGGUGGUGGUGGAGAAUGGAGAGCUGAUCAUGGGCAUCCUGUGUAAGAAGUCUCUGGGCACGUCAGCUGGCUCCCUGGUCCACAUCUCCUACCUAGAGAUGGGUCAUGACAUCACUCGCCUCUUCUACUCCAACAUUCAGACUGUCAUUAACAACUGGCUCCUCAUCGAGGGUCAUACCAUUGGCAUUGGGGACUCCAUUGCUGAUUCUAAGACUUACCAGGACAUUCAGAACACUAUUAAGAAGGCCAAGCAGGAUGUAAUAGAGGUGAGAGGGAAGGCUGCCAGAGACGGAGUAAGGGGUUUCCAGGGACUUUGAAUUUAGCAUCGUCAAGAGCAAAGGGAGUGCAAGGUUAGAGGGAAGGGGCAGAGAGAAGGGAUUGAUGUCUCACUGGGAACUCUGCCUGCAGGUCAUUGAGAAUUCAAUAUGCCCCACCUUGCUGUUUCCCAGAUCAUUGCUGUCGUCGGGCAGCAGAACAUGGAGGGCAAGUGGAUUCCAUUUGGCUUCAAGCACUGGACUCUGCCUCACUUCAUCAAGGAUGACUAUGGGCCUGAGAGCCGUGGCUUUGUGGAGAACUCCUACCUAGCCGGCCUUACACCUACCGAGUUCUUCUUCCAUGCCAUGGAGGGUUGUGAGGGGCUUAUUGACACGUCUGUUAAGACUGCUGAGACUGGAUACAUCCAGCGGCGGCUGAUCAAGUCCAUGGAGUCAGUGAUGGUGAAAUACGACGCAACUGUGCGGAACUCCAUCAACCAGGUGGUGCAGCUGCGCUACGGUGAAGAUGGCCUGGCGGGCGAGAGCGUUGAGUUUCAGAACCUGGCUACACUUAAGCCUUCCAACAAGGCUUUUGAGAAGAAGUUCCGCUUUGAUUAUACCAAUGAGAGGGCCCUGCGGCGCACACUGCAGGAGGACCUGGUGAAGGAUGUGCUGAGCAAUGCGCAUAUACAGAAUGAAUUGGAGUGGGAAUUUGAGCGGAUGCGGGAGGAUCGGGAGGUUCUCAGGGUCAUCUUCCCAACUGGAGACAGCAAGGUCGUUCUCCCCUGUAACCUGCUGCACAAUCAGAAAAUCUUCCACAUCAACCCGCGCCUUCCCUCUGACCUGCACCCCAUCAAAGUGGUAGAGAGAGUCAAGGAAUUGAGCAAGAAGCUGGUGAUCAUGAAUGGGGAUGACCCACUAAGCCGGCAGGCCCAGGAAAAUGCCACGCUGCUCUUCAACAUCCACCUGCGAUCCACGUUGUGUUCCCGCCGCAUGGCAGAGGAGUUUCGGCUCAGUGGAGAGGCCUUUGACUGGCUGCUUGGGGAGAUUGAGUCCAAGUUCAACCAAGCCAUUGCUUACUCUGACACCACCAUGAUCAAGGAAGUGGCUAUGGCCUCAUUACUGCCAGGUUUUGGUGGAGGCCCAGGUCCCCCGGGAUUCUUUCUGUUGCAAGUAAUGAAAAGUCAACUAAAAAUGGCUUAUGAGAAAGAAAAGGAAGAUAUUGAUUCAUAAAAAUGGAAAAUCCAUGGUCACAAGGCCUCCAGAUUGGUGCUUGCUGCUCAGUUUUUCAAGAUGAAAGUUGUCACGUUGUUUAGGGUUGCAUUUAUUGGUGGAAAACUGUAAAGGAAACAAGAGAAUGAUUAACAGAAGUCAUCAUUGUGGUUAUCACUGGGGGCGGACAAGAGACCGCAACUGGGGAGGGAUAAACAGAGGCUUCUAAAGGACUGGUUAUAUUUUGUGUCUUUUUUUUUUUGAGAUGGAGUCUCACUCUGUCACCCAGGCUGGAGUGCAGUGGCUCAAUCUCAGCUCACUGCAACCUCCACCUCCCGGGUUCAAGCGAUUCUUCUGCCUUAGCCUCCCAAGUAGCUGGGAUUACUUUUUGUACGCCUGGCUAAUUUUUGUAUUUUUAGCAGAGACGAGGUGUCACCAUAUUGGCCAGGCUGGCCCCAAACUCCUGACUUUGUGAUCUGCCUGCCUUGGUGUCCCAAAGGGUUGGGAUUACAGGUAUGAGCCAACACACCUGGCCUAUAUUUUAUAUCUUAAACUGGGUGGAUGAUUAUUUAUCUUAUUAUAUUAGGUUGGUGCAAAAGUAAUUGCGGCUUUUGCCAUGACUUUUAAUUUAAAUAUUUGAUCAAGCAAAUUUUAUUCAUCCUUCUAUUUGUAUGAUGCAUUUUACAACAAACCAUUUUAAAAAUCAGGUGCUGUUAAUAAAAGUGGAAGUCAAUGGAAACAAGUAGAAAUAAGAGAUAUUUUUUCAGGAUCUUUGGAUAGUAAAAAUACCUGCAAAGAGAAAGGACAAGAAGGGACAUUUUAUUUCUUUUAAAGUGAAAGCAAGUUUAUUAAGAAAGUAAAGGAAUAAAAGAAUAGGCAGAGCAUCUGGGAAGGGACAUUUAGUCCCCGCUCUGGCUUUGUUGUUGUUGUUUCAAGCAACAGAGACCUGCUCAAUUUGACUCAAAAAGAAUAGGGGUUGUUUUGAGCCUACACACGGAAGAAAAUGGAAUAGUAAAACUUAGACAGUGUUUCUUACAGGCAUCCUUGUGUGUCUGUCUGCUCUGUUCCCUGCUAACCAUACAGAUGCUCCUUGACUUAUAAUGGGGCUGUGUCCUGAUAAACCCAUUGUAAUUUGAAAAUAUCAUUAAGUAGAAAAUGCAUGUAAUACACCUAACUUAGGCUAAGGUAUCUUAGCCUAGCCUGCCUUAAAUGUACUCAGAACACUUAAUAUUAGCUUAAAGUUGGCAAGAUUAUCUAACACACAGCCCAUUUUAUAAUAAAGUGCUGACUAUCUCAUGUGAUUUAUUGAAUAUUACACUGAAAGCAAAAAGCAGCAUGGUUGGAUGGGUACUCAAGGUGCAGUCUCUGCUGAAUGUGUAUCACUUUUGCACCAUCCAAAAGUUGAAAAACACUAAGUUGGACCAUUCCAAGUGGGGAUUGUCUGUAUAACAAAUCUCCCCAAAACGUAUUGUCUUAAAAUAACAACUACUACUUAUUUAUUGGCUCAAAAUGCUGAACUUUGGGAAGGGAUUGACAGGAACAGCUUGGUUCUUCUCUAUGUGGUGUUGGCUGGGCCACCUUUCCUGGGGCUGGAGGAUCCGGGUGGCUUCAGUCACAUGUGUGGCUCAGCAGAGGUAUCUAGAACAACAAAGGACUGGCCAGGCCAGUCUCUCCAGCAGGCAGUCAGUCUUCUUUAUUAUGGUAGCUCAGGGCUCCAAGAGAAGCAAAGGGCAAGAUGUCAAGCCUCUUCCUGGUCAAGAACUGGCACCGUGUCACUUCUGCAUUCUGUUGGUCAAAGCAAGUCACAGGGCCAGUCUAGAAUGCAGGGAGGAGAAACAGAUUUCACCUCAUGAUGGAAGAAGUGCUUACGAGAUGAGAAGCAUUCGUGGCAGCUAUUUUUGCAAACAAUUUGCUGUACCUGUCUUCCACCUCAUAAUUUUGGUUGUACGUAAUUUUAGUUUGCUAUUGCUGAACUCUUGUUUUUCUGUCACCUCCAGCUUUAUUGCCGACUAGCAAAUCUUUUUUUCUGUGUUUUGGUUUAAAUUCCUAAGAACAGUUGGUUUAAUUAAUCUCUUUACCUCAUGUCAGUGGUCAGAGGUCAGAGGCCAUCCUAUUUUUUUUCACCAAGUUUUCAUUUGGAAAAGCCUUUGGGAGAGUUACAAGAACAGUACCAUGAAUAUCUAUAGAUGCUUCACUUAGAUUCACCAGUUUCAACCUUGGGCACAUUUGUUUGAUCACACAUUCAUUCUUUAUGCAUAUAUAUGCAUGGAGUUGGUUGAAGACGUCAUGAUGUUUUACCUUUAAAUACUUUAGCAUAUAUCUGCUGAGAACAGGGGCAUUCUCUUAUAUAACCACAACCAAAUUACCACACUCAAGAAAUUUAACAUUUAUAUACAACUAUCAUCUAAUUUACUAACUAUAUUUAUAUUUCUACAAUUGCCCCAAAAUGUCCUUUAUAUAUCAUUCUUUUUUGAUCUGGUAUUUAAUAAUCACACAUCAAAAUGGGUUACCAUGUCUCCCUAAUGUUCUUUUCUUUUUUUUGAAAGAGAGGAGGAUCUCAUUCUGGUCACCCAGGUAGGAAUGCAGUGGCUUGAUCAUGGCUCAUUGCAGCCUUGACCUCCUGGGUUCAAGUAAUCCUCCGGCCUCAUUUUUUGAUUUUUUUGUAUGUAGAGAUGGGGACUCACUAUGUUGCCUAGGCUGGUCUUGAACUCCUGGGCUCAAGUAAUCCUCUCGCCUCUGCCUCCCAAAGUGUUGGGAUUACAGGUGUGAGCCUCCCUAAUGUUCUUUAAUUUAGAUAAGUUCUCUGUCAUUUUUUGUCUUUUAGGAUAUUGACAUUUUGGAGAGCCUAGGCUAGCUGUUUUGUACAAUGUCUUUCAAUUUCAGUUUGCCUGAUUGUUUCCUCAUGAUUAGAUUCAGCUUAAACAUUUUUUGGCAAGACUACACCAUUGGUGAUGUGUGGCCAGUCACUUCAGGUGCUACUCUUAGGCAAUUGCUGGCCAGCUGCCUGUGCGUACUACCAUCCCAUCUCCACCUUCCAUCAUUUCCAUUGCCCGAAGUCUUCCAGGUAAGUUUGGCCAUGGAAAGAUAAUAGUGGAUGAUUGGAGGGUGGGAAGAGGGGAAAGGCUAGGAUAUUGCCCCUAUUUCUCUCUUUUCUGUGACUGCUUUUCUUUGUGUCUCCAAUUCUUCCCCAACAAAUGCUCCCUCUGUGGUUUCAGCUCCCCUAGGGAAAUGCCCUCUCCUUAGUUCUGCUCCUUCUGGUUGGCCUCAACUUCUGUGCUCUGAUAAAACUACCUUCUCCCAUUGACUCCUCAGUUCCAGGAUGGCAGUUCCUUUUAGCUGUUGCCGACCUCUCAGUUGCCUCAUCAUCCCAUCCUGUGUCUGGCGUCUCAGCUUUUCCAUUUCCUCUGUAACCAAUUUCCUUAUUAACUUUCCUGUUUAUUUUGUUUGAAAAGUCUAGGGUGGUGUCUGUUUUCUUGACUAAACCUUGAUUAAGAUAGUUAGGGUGUUCAUUGUCAGUGUGAUUUGCGUGACUUGUGGAAUGGGGCCACGUUGCAGAAAAUAAGGCAGCAUUAGCAACAGGAGGUAUAAGAUGGGAAAUUCCUUUAUAAGGAUAAGUAAGCAGCAUAGGCCUCCUCCCUGGUUACCCAAAAGGAAAUAUACAAAAAAACAAAGAAACAUCUCAAGGUGGUAGAAUUUUGUAUGAUUUUUAUAUUAAUUUUCUUCUUUUCUGUUCAUCCAAAUUACCUAACUUUUUUUUUUUACAAUGGACAUAGAUAUUUUUGACAUGAAGAAAAAAUUGCCAGCAUGUUGUAUUUGUAAACAAAUGAAGGAGAAUGGUGUGCAGGUAUACAUGUUGUACACAAUAAGACAUUAUCAGAGGAUACAAAAAUGGCUAAACCCCAUCAAAAGACAAAAUUACAACAAAUUUAGAGACCUUAAUUGGCUUUUAUUUGCCAUUCUAGAAUAAGGUAACACCUCAUUCUACAAAACAGAAUGAGUGCUCUGAUGAGCAUGAGCUGAACACAGGAGGUUGGUUUUAUCAGCAGAAAAUGGCCAAGAAAAGCAGAAAUAGGAAAUAAAAGGUAGACGGGUUGUUUCAGAGUUACUUUUUUUGUAAAGAUUAAAGCAGAGUGAAUUUCCUUAUUAUACCAGCUAAAAUUGUGUUGUUUGGGGAUUUGGCUAUUAUAUCUCACUCUCUUGAUUUCUUGGAAGGUCAGAUAAACAACUUAGUUUCGUCUUGGUGAUGUGGAACUGUAGCAUGAGUGACUCCAUUUUGGUUUAGUCUGUUGGGCUUAGUGUAGGAGCUCAGUCAAAAUCAACGGCCUCCUAUACAUUUUAUUUAAUACCCCCACAAAAAGCAUUUGGCUCCCAAAUCUUUUUUUCUUUUUGAUGGAGUCUCGCUCUGUCACCCAGGCUGGAGUGCAGUGGUGUGAUCUCGGCUCACUGCAACCUCCGCCUCCUGGGUUCAAGUGAUUCUCCUGCCUCAGCCUCCCAAGUAGCUGGGACUGCAGACGCAUGCCACCACACCUGGCAAGUUUUUUAUAUUUUUAGUAGAGACGGAGUUUCACCAUGUUAGCCAAGAUGGUCUCCAUCUCCUGACCUCAUGAUCCGCCCGGCCUCCCAAAGUGCUGGGAUUACAGAAGUCAGCCACCGUGCCUGGCCCAAAUCUUUGGAAUAGAAAAAAUAAGAAGGUCAUUCAGUGUAAGAUGAUAAAAAGAGUAACAAGAGACUACUCUUAUUUCUUCAUAUAAAAUGCUUAUACUUUUUUGUAUGUCUAAUUUGUAAUUUAAUAAUUUAAAAGAUUUUUAUUAAAAAGGAAGUCGUAAAAUGGGAAAUGGUUCAGUUGUUGAGGUUUUCCUGUGAUCAGUCUAGCCCACAAAUGGGCAAAUCUCCAUUGAUCAUGAAAAAACUACACUGGUUCUUAUGGAAAUGUUUACAUUUAAUAGGUGACAUAACAGUGAUUGUUUAUAACAAUUAAAGGUACUUUUCCCAAUGUUUACUUAGUCAGCUAUCCUUAGGAGUUUUGGAAAGCUUAUUAGAGACUAAAGAAUUUAAAGGGGUACCAAAAUAGCUGAAGCAUGAGUUAGAAUUCACAGAACAUGAGUAAAAACGGCUAGGAAAUAUUAGGGAAAAGAUCAAAUAGAUGGCAAGGCUAAAAUAAAACUGCAAUGAUGAAGACAAAUGGAAAACGCUGGAGACAAAGUGGAUUUUGGAAACAAGAAGUACAAAAACAGAGUUACUCAGUAAGUACCAGAUUUGAAAAAUUAACAAGAAGUUUUCACAGAAGAGCCUAACAUAGGAAAUAUGCACUGCAAGUGAGGGCAUGGGAAAACCUGCUUCUGCUCUACAUAUAAUCCAAUAUAAUCUGGUACAGAAUGCCUUGAAAAGUCAAAAGAAGAUAGUUUCCUAGGUGUUUAACUAUUUCAAUGGCUCCCAUCGGUAAGUCAUAGCUAGCAAUGGACUUUUGACUUAAACCUGCUUGUACCUGCUGCUAUGUUUUGAAUGUCUCCUCCAAAACCCAUGUUGAAAGUUAAUUGCCAUCGUGCUAGUAUUAAGAGAUGGGACCUUUAAAGGGUAAUUAGGUUAUGAGGGCUUGGCCCUUAUGAAUAGAUUAAUGUUAUCAUGGGAGUGGCUUAGUUUUCGUGGGAAUUAGAUCCCCAUUUUCUCUCUCUGUUUUGUGUGCUUGCUUGCCUUCCUGCUAUGGGAUGAAUCAGCAUGAAAGUCCUUGCCAGAUUCUCAUGCCAUGUUCUUACACUUUCUAGCCUCCAGAGCUGUGAGUCCAAUAACCUUUUAUUCUUUAUAAAUUAUCCAAUUGAUGAUAGUCUAUUACAGCAUCAGAAAAUAAACUAAGACACAGGGCAAAACCUGUAUGUAGUCAGAGUCUAAUUACGGCUAUCUCAAGAGUUUAUUCAAUGGGCUCACUAAGUGCUAUAUGUGAGAAUAAGAAGAUUGUUAAUUCUGUCUGAAAUGAAGCAUACUAAUAAAUGAAUGCAUUGACAUUUUAUGUGAAUAAUUAUGACCUUCUAGUAUUGCAUAUUUAAUGUUAUGGCUUAGAAACAUGGAAGAAAGCAUCAGGUCAGAGUUAAACCUGUUUGUCUUUACCACCCACACUGAAAAAAGAAUCUAGGUCGAAGUAAGAGCUCUGAUUUUGAGAACCUCUUACUUUAGAAUUUUCCAUCGACAAUGUUGGGAAACGUGAUCUGGACUAUGCAGUAUUUGGCUCUUCAUAGGCUGCAAAAUUUUGAAAGGUGCUGGUGUGAAUCUUAGCAGAGAUCUCUGGCCUAGGUAUUCCUUUAUCUUUACUUUCUCCCAACUUUAUCCCAAGUAAAUAUCUCAAUAGAGCAAUAUCUACUAAUUCACAGGGCUAUAGUGACAUUCUUUUGACACAUCAGGAAAAUUUUAGGAAACAAGACUGGGAGGAGAAAAUGGAGUUGGGAUACCUUCUCAUAGCUAUGCACCUAACACUACCCAGAUAAAAAAUUCUAUAGAUUUUAUGUUUAAAAACUGGUAUUAAAAAAACAACAAAAAACAAAGCAACCUGGUAGUUAUUAGUUAUAUAACUCAAGCUUUUUUCUCUUAAGUUUUCCCCCAUUCUGUUUGUAGAAGUUCCAGGUCAUGAUUACCUUUCCAAUUUCCAGAGACACUAUAAAAUAACCAUCAUCAGACUUUUAGCUGUAGGUAAUAAAUAGAAGAGUUAUUAUAACAUUCUGAGCAUAAUAACUGGUGUUCCUAGAAGUAUCCAGGACAAUUGUCUAAGGCCUUGAGGUAUCAAAUAGGCAUCUAAAUGGAAAAUAAAUCUGAACUGUGUUCAGUGGAUGGUUGAGAUUCCUUUGAAAGCUGUUGAUGUGCAGUUAUGUGAAAUACAACAGCCAUUUAUUAAAUGCCCAUAAUCUGCUUGAGAGUAAUCGUGUACAUAGUUAAUACUCCAAACUGCUUUUCCAUUCAGAUCAUUUCAAUUUGGUUAAUGAUGUAAAAGCAAAUAUUUGUUCAGAGCAAUGCUGCUCCUCCAUUAAUGAACUACUGCCUGGUCCCCUCAUUAUUGUACAUCUCAGUCACCUUCAAUGAUGCUCAAAAAGCGUACCUCCCAAAGGAGUCUUUUUUCCCAUGCUCACUCAGUUUAACUUCCUCUCCUGGUUUAGCUAAACAGGAAUUCAUCUCCAUUUUAGGAAGUACUUACUUCACAAAUUAGCUUUCCUUAUAUUCCUUCUAAAGCAAAACAAAUCUAGUUUAGUUUUGUUUUUAAGAAUCGAGGUCAGAAAUGCUAUAACUUAAAUUUUGUAACUGUUUAACAAGGAACAUGUUGACUACUAGUUUUUCUUAAAGACAGUAUUACCCAUUUCCAGAGUACAUAUUUUUAAAAUUAAUAGACUUUAUUUUUAGGGAAAUUUUAGAUUUACAGAAAAAUUAAGCAGAAAGUAAGAAUCUAUUUUUUGAGCAGAAAUUUUUGAGAGCUGGCAAAAUUUCAGGGUCUGUUGUAAUAGUUGGGUUUUUGUUCCAUUCAGCUGUGGAUACACCAAUAGCUUAUAGCCAAGCGCAUAUUAGUAUCCAUCAAAUCCAUGAAUGAGAUAUUUUUCUUUAAUAUCACAUGGCUCUUAAUUACAGGUUUUACAUACAGUUAGCCCUCUAACAGCAGAGGUGGAAUCUACGGAUACAGAGGGCUGACUGUUACCUGAAAAACCAGGGUUUGUUUGCCUGGUGAGUAACAAGCGACUGUCCAUGAAAAUGCAGGAGUUUUCUUACAAGAAAGGCCAGCACUGGGAAUAUUCUCCAAAUCAGUGUCUUCUCAAAAGAAAGUAACAGGAGGCUGUUGACAAAAAGAACUAAACUGUAAAAUAUUUAAAAAGGUUUAUUCUGAGCCAAAUAUAAGUGACCAAGGCCCAUGACACAGCCCAGGAGGUCCUGAAAAUAGGUAUCCAAGGUGCUUGAGUCACAGCUUGAUUUUAUACAUUUUAGGGGACAGAAGUUACACAGAUACCAAUCAAUACAAUCAAUACAUGUCAGGUGUGCAUCAAUUCAGUCUGAAAAGGUGGGGCAACUCAAGGCAAGAGCCUCCAGGUCAUAGGUAGAUUGAAAGAUUUUCUGACUGGAAAUUGGUUGAAAGAAUUACGUUAUCUGUUUUUUUGAAAUUGAGUCUCGUUCGCUCUGUCACCCAGGGUGGAGUGCAAUGGCACGAUCUCAGCUCACUGCAAACUUUGCUUCCCAGGUUCAAGUGAUUCUCCUGCCUCACCCUCCUGAGUAGCUGGGAUUACAGGCACAUGCCACCACACCUGGCUAAUUUUUAUAUUUUUAGUAGAGACAGGGUUUCACCAUGUUGGCCAGGCUGGUCUUGAACUUCUGACCUCAGGUGAUCCACCUGCCUUGGCCUCCCAAAGUGCUGGGAUUACAGGCAUGAGCCACGGCACCUGGCCAAGUUGUUAUUAUCUAGGGAUCUGGAAUCAAUAGAAAGGAAUUGUCUUGGUUAAGAUAAGGGGUUGGGGAGACCAAGAUUCUGAGGUGGGAGGCAAGACUUGAUUCCAGAGGGGGGCUUGGACGCCAGACCAGUUGAAGACUAGCUAAAAACUGGUGCUGUGGGGCAGGGGGCAGAAAUACCUCCUCAUAAGACACACCCAGCAGUGUGCCAUGUCAGUUUACCAUUGCCAUGGCAACACCUGGAGGUUACUGCCCCUUUCCAUGGCAACGACCUGACAACUGGGAAGUUAUCUCACUCAUUCUAGAAAUUUCUACAUAACCCCCUUAAUUUUCGUAUAAUUACAAGUGCGUAUGAGUGCAGACCUGCCUCUGAGGUGCUACACACACUGCCUAUGGGGUAACCCCACUCUGCCAGGAGGAGGACCUCCGCUGCUGCUGGUCCACUGCUGCUUUCAAUCAAAGCUCCUAUUUAACAGCAGCAGCUGGCCCUGAAUUCUUUCCUGGGAGAAGCCAAGAACGCUUCAGGGCAUAGCCUCAAUUUUGGGGCUUGCCUGUCUUGCAUCAGUUCUUAUUAUGCAGAUGAAAUCUCCCGGUAGCAGGCUUCAUAGAGAAUAGGUGGUAAAUGUCUCUUUUUUUAAAAAAAAAAUUAUUUUUUUAAGAUGGGGUUUCACCCUGAUGGCCAGGCUGGUCUUCUUGAGCUCCUGACCUCAGGCGAUCCACCGACCUCAGCCUCCCAAAGUGCUAGGAUUACAGGCGUGAGCCACCGUGUCCGGCCGUCUCUUACCAAAGCUAAAAAGAUGCCAGACUCUUAGUUCAUCUCUCCUGGAUCAGGAAAAGACCUGGAAAGGGAAGGGGAUUCUCUACAGAAUGUAGAUUUUUCCCAUAAGAAACAGCUUUGCAAGGCCAUUUCAAAAUAUGUCAGAGAAAUAUAUUUUGUGGUAAAAUACUUGGAUUUCUUUCAGGGUCUACUAUCUGUCAUUUGAGGCUAUACUAGAGUCAGAUUGAGAUUUAGCGUCUUACUGCUACAAAGAGUCUGUUUUGUCAGUCUUAAGAUCUCUGUUUUAAUGUUAAUGCUGGUCAGUUGUGUCUUUUUUGUUUGAUGUAAUCCCAUUUGUCCAUUUUUAAUUUUGUGCUUGUGCUUUUUGUUAGGUUUUGAAUGGAGGCAAGGGUGAGAGAGAGAGAGAGAGAGAGCAGAGAGAGAGGAGAGGGAGAGAGAGAGAGAGAGAGAGAGAGAGAGAGAGAGAGAGGAGAGAGGGGAGAGAGGGGAGAGAGAGAGACUCAACAGCAAAUGCAGGCAUUUAUGCGUAGGAUAAACCUAUAGAGGUGGGGGAUUAGCUUAAUGUCAGUGCCCACUGCUGCUUACAUACAAGCUGGGGUACUUAUAGGUGUGGGCAGAAGGGGUCUAGGGAGUAUGGCUUGCUGCCUGGCAGGAUAUUGAUAAGAUGUUCCUAUGAUCGGGUGGUUUGGCCCCUGUUCUGGUGGAAUGUGGUGUUCCUUUCAUUUUCUCUCAAUGGAAUAUAAGAGGCAGGCUGUUUCUCAUGGCCCUAACCCCAUGGAAUGUUUGACUUUGACCAAGGUUUGUGAAAUGGUGGUGGACUUAAAAAAUGGUGCAGUUUGGACUAACACUUUCGGGGACUCUUGUUCUUUUUGACUACAUAUAUUUUCUAGGAGGACAGCAAGUUUCUGGAUACUCUUACAUAUUGCUUGUUGGAAACAGAUGCUGGUGUCGCAAAGGAAAAUCAGCACUCAGACAAAGAAUCUCUCAGCAAAGCAAUUUUACUUCCGUCAGAAAGGGGGCUCCUGUUAGCCAUCUUGCCAUGAGAGUAAAAUGAACAAAGGAAAAGCAGACAUAUUUAUUCCUUACACAUUUGGAGUGGUCCUUACUGCUGUGUCUGAUCUCUGCUUACUGGAGCCAGGCCUCACUAUCUAAACUAAAACCUGAUGGGCUAACAACUUAAAACUUUUCUAAACAGGUAAAAGCAAUGGAGAACAAAAGGAAAAGAGGAAGUCCAAAUAAGGAAGGGACAGGAAGUUGCUUGUGAAAGGACUUAGAAAAGUAAUAACAUAAACCUUAUUUAUGUUAAAGUACAAGGACACAGAAUGCAUUUUGUGCCUGUGAGCAUGUCUAGCACAAAUAUCUCGGUUAAAGCUCAAGGACAUAGAAUGUACUUAUUCCUUUAUAUCUAACAGCCACUAGGAUAGGGCUUAACGAAGAGUCACUAAUAAAAAACAAGAAGGCUUUGAAGAAAGUUAGUCUUUAAAGGAGGCUAUUAUUUCUAACAUUUAUUAUUCUUUAAUAAGGCAGGAAACUUUGAAGAGGAACUUUUCUUCUUCCCACAUUACUUGUGAGCUUUAAGUUACUCAAUGAUUUAACUUGUGACAGUGGUUAUCUUUAAACAUGUCAUGAUUUUUUUCUUUAAUCAUUUUUAGUGCAGACUGUAUAAAACAUACAAAAAGCCACCAUACUUAUAUGUAAUUUAAAAAUAAUUUAAAACAAAUUAAAAAGUACCCAGAUAGCUACAACCCAGUCCAAGAGUUAGAAUAUGGGCAGAAUCCCACGAUGCACAAUUUCCCUACGCCAUCCCCUACCUGCAACAAACCUCUUCCUCUUGCCGAAGUCACCACUCUUCUAACCUUGUGACAGUCACUUCCUUGCAUACCUUUAUAGUUUUGUCACUUGUAUGUGCAUUGCUUAGUUUUGCCUUUUAUGUUUAGAUCUUCAAUCUUGAAAUUUAUGUAUGAUAUCAAUAAAUAAAAAUUUAUGUAUGAUAUAAAUUUAUGUAUAAAAUUUAUGUAUGAUAUAAAUAUGUUUAUUUGUGUAUGACAAAAUAUAUGACAAUGCUUCUCUGUCCCAGCACUGUUUAUUAGAAUUUCUACGUCCUUAGCUGAUCUACACUACCACUGAAUCAGGAGAUUAGAAGCUGGAGGCAGGGAACCUAAGGCUGAUUCAUGCUGCUUAUCAGGGAAAGGAGGGGUUGAAUCCAGCGCCGGAUUCAUCCCUUUCCAACCCCUCCUUUCUUCUGUGAGGCAGUUGAAAAAUGAAAGUACCUCUGACUGGGCUGGGCAUGGUGGCGCAUGCUUGUAAUCCCAGCACUUUGCUGAGGUAGGCGGAUCACUGUCAGGAGAUGGAGAGCAUCCUGGCCAACAUGGUGAAACCCUGUCUUUACUAAAGUUCAAAAGUUAGCUGGAUUUGGUGGCGCGGGCCUGUUAUCCCAGCUACUCGGGUGGCUGAGGCAUGAGAAUCGCUUUAACCAGGGAGUCUGAGGUUGUAGUGAGCCAAGAUAAUGCCACUGCACUGCAGCCUGGGCAACAGGAGUGAAACUCUGUCUCUAAAUAAAUAAAUAAAUAAAUAACCUCUGAUUGGUCCCCUCCUGCAACCAAUCAAUCAGACUGAUUGGAGGCCAAUGGGAAACCUCUAGCGGGUAUUUAAACCUCAGGAAAUUCUGUAACAGGCUUUGAGCUGAUUGCUUGAGCCCGCUCCUACCUGUGGAGUGUCCUCUCAUUUAAAAUAAAUCUUGGCGGCCGGGUGCGGUGGCUCAGGCCUGUAAUCCCAGCACUUUGGGAGACCGAGGCGGGUGGAUCACGAGGUCAAGAGAUCGAGACCAUCCUCGUCAACAUGGUGAAACCCCGUCUCUACUAAAAAUACAAAAAAUUAGCUGGCCACGGUGGUGCGUGCCUGUAAUCCCAGCUACUCAGGAGGCUGAGGCAGGAGAAUUGCCUGAACCCAGGAGGCGGAGGUUGCGGUGAGCCGAGAUCGCACCAUUGCACUCCAGCCUGGGUAACAAGAGCGAAACUCCGU